AGUCAGUCAGUCGCCACCGCCCGCCGCAGCCGCCGCGAGUGUGAACGUACCCUUAAAAAAAGCUGACAUUCCGACCUUCAAUCUGUGCGAACGAGACGUCUAUAUCUGGUGUAUCGUAAAUAGGAUGUAAAGAGUAUUGCACGAGAAGGCAGCACAUGCGCCGCGACACCUUGUCAUGGCGUUCUGGAGAUAGUUCCAGGUGAUUUGAAGGCGGUGUUUGUGGGUGUAGGUGCCAGCGACGGUAUGCGCGUGGUGUUGGCAGCGCUGACGGCGCUGGCGGCGCGCACCCUUGCCGGUCCGCACGAGCACCGGGCGAGGCACCACGCGCCUGCGCCUCCGCAGCCCUACCACGGCCACGGCGAGGCCGUCCGAUACAACCCCGAACUCGAUACCAUUCUACCAAGACUUGAAGACCACGAAACUUCGUCUAAGCGCGCCAGUGAUGCGGAAACUUCGUCCAAGAGAACCAAGUAUGAGGAGAGAUUUUACUCUAAUCACGAACGAGCCGCGGAGCUCAUGGCCGACGAGCCGGUCUCAGAAAAAGGAGACGAAGAGGAUCCCCUAGUUAUUCGCACUAGGAAGGGAAAGGUGAGAGGAAUUACGCUGACUUCAGCAACUGGAAAGAAAGUCGAUGCAUGGUUUGGCAUCCCUUAUGCACAAAAACCUAUGGGCGAUUUGAGGUUCAGGCACCCGAGACCCGUCGAAGAUUGGGGCGAUGAAAUUCUUAACACAACAACACUGCCACAUUCCUGCGUCCAAAUAGUUGACACGGUAUUCGGUGACUUUCCCGGAGCCAUGAUGUGGAAUCCCAAUACAGAUAUGCAGGAAGAUUGUCUUUAUAUUAACAUAGUGACACCUCGACCACGUCCAAAGAAUGCUGCGGUUAUGUUAUGGGUAUUUGGAGGAGGCUUUUAUUCCGGUACAGCCACUUUAGAUGUUUACGACCCAAAAAUACUUGUUUCGGAAGAAAAAGUUGUGUAUGUGUCCAUGCAGUACAGAGUUGCAUCACUUGGAUUCCUGUUUUUCGAUACGGCCGACGUCCCUGGAAAUGCUGGGUUAUUUGAUCAGCUGAUGGCAUUGCAAUGGGUGAAAGAUAACAUUGGCUAUUUUGGAGGGAAUCCACACAACAUAACAUUAUUCGGUGAAUCAGCGGGAGCCGUGUCAGUGUCGUUACAUUUGCUGUCUCCCUUGUCGAGGAACCUGUUCUCUCAAGCUAUCAUGCAGUCUGGAGCCGCCACUGCUCCAUGGGCUAUAAUUUCGAGAGAAGAAAGUAUUCUGCGUGGCAUAAGAUUGGCUGAAGCUGUCCACUGUCCACAUUCAAGAUCGGAUUUGGCUCCUAUGAUAGAAUGCUUGCGAAAAAAGAAUGCGGAUGAAUUGGUUAAUAAUGAGUGGGGGACAUUGGGUAUAUGUGAAUUUCCGUUUGUUCCUAUCAUCGAUGGAUCGUUUCUGGAUGAGAUGCCGGUAAGGUCGUUAGCUCAUCAAAACUUUAAGAAAACAAAUAUUCUUAUGGGAUCCAAUACCGAAGAAGGAUAUUAUUUUAUACUCUAUUACCUAACUGAAUUGUUUCCAAAAGAGGAGAACGUUGGAAUUAGCCGGGAACAGUUUCUUCAAGCAGUGAGAGAACUCAAUCCGUAUGUUAACGACGUAGCAAGGCAGGCUAUCAUAUACGAGUACACUGAUUGGUUGAAUCCUGAAGAUCCGGUAAAGAAUCGCAACGCUCUCGACAAAAUGGUCGGAGACUAUCAUUUCACUUGUGGAGUAAACGAAUUUGCCCAUCGUUAUGCAGAAACUGGUAAUAAUGUUUACACUUAUUAUUACAAGCAUCGUAGUAAGAAUAACCCUUGGCCGUCCUGGACUGGUGUGAUGCAUGCUGACGAGAUAAACUAUGUGUUCGGGGAGCCUCUCAAUCCCGGGAAAAAUUAUUCGCCGGAAGAAGUCGAAUUCAGCAAACGCUUAAUGAGAUAUUGGGCAAACUUCGCUAGAUCUGGAAAUCCGUCUCUGAAUCCAAACGGCGAAAUGACGAAGAUACAUUGGCCGGUUCACACGGCCUUUGGACGGGAAUAUUUAUCACUGGCUGUGAACUCCAGUUCAGUUGGUCGUGGUCUACGCGUUAAACAGUGCGCUUUUUGGCAGAAACAUCUCCCCCAGUUAAUGGCUGCUACCAAUAAACCAGAGCCGCCGAAGAAUUGUACGAAUUCUGUUUCUUCUUUGUGGCCAUCUCGCAAAGCUCUCGGCUUCAACGUCAUAGCAACCGCUGCGCUUACAGGCACAGCACUGUUCAAAUACACCAUAUAAGUAACUUGUAUAGAAAACAAUUUUAGGAAUUUUGAUAGUUAUUUCGAAUUUAAUUUUAGCGAUUCUCCUAUUAAUAUAGUGUUAUCUGAUGUUCGUUGUUUUCGAUAAAAACACGUUUUGUAUAUUUUUAUUUCAAUAAAAAAAAAAAAAAACUAGUGUAUUUUUAGUUGUAAGCUAAAUGAAAGUGUUGAAUUGCGCUGAGUCCAUACCUAGAAAUACGCUGUAAGUUUCAUAUUAAAAAUUAAGCUACGUAAAAAAUAACUAUGUUAAUAUAAUUAUUGAAAGGAGUGAUGCCUCCAACAACAUAUCACUUGUUAUAAAAAUAUUAUAGAAUCUAUCUGUAGACGUAAUUUUGUCUUAGAAUUAUAAGUCUUAACAUAUCGGGAACGUCACGGGACAAUGCAGUUCAUAACGAACUGUAUUUUCAAGGUAACAAUGGACAAUUUCGCCUGAAUUUGUAUGAGGUCGGUGUGAAGGCUUAGAACUAUACUGUUAGCUUAAAAUUAUUCGCCUCACAUGCAAACAUAUCACGCAUAGCAUAGUAUAUUUUAAGUUAGUGAAUUGUAGUUCUAUAUAUAUAGACGACAUUGUUAUAAUUAAGACACCUUGAUAACUUGCCGCGGACCACAUCAGAAAAUUGGACGUGUAUAUGUUCAUGUAACUUUGCAAGAACCAGAAAGAUUUUGAUCACACCUUUCUAGAAUUAAUCAAUGAACUUCGUAAAGAAAUACGACGCUAAUUAUUAAUGACCAAAAACAAAAAUUAUCAAUUCGAAAAACAUUUGAUGACUUGAAAAUUCAGAUCAAUAAUUUUGAGGGAGGAUUCGGGAAUGUGGUUGCAUUCAAAAAGUCGAAAUUUUUAAUCGACCUUAUUUUAUGGAGAAUCGAUAGCCAAUAAAAAUGACGGAAUAGGUUGCAGUAAAUAUUUAGUCGCCAAUUUUGAUAGGUUGAACUUUUAAUAAAUUCCAAAUCAUAUUACGAACAAUGUGGACUGAGGAGAGGAGGAGGCAACUGAGGAGUGCACGUUUGGGAUGGUAUGGACAUGUGAUGAGACGGAAUGAAAAUGAGGUUGUUAAGAGAGUGUUAACUAUGAAUGUGGAAGGAUUUAGAGGAAGAGGUAGACCUAAGAAGAAAUGGAUGGAUUGUGUGAAAGACGAUAUGGGUAGGAGGGGAGUGAGCGAAGAAAUGGUAUAUGAUAGAAGAGUAUGGAAGGAGAAAACAUGUUGCGCCGACCCCAGGUGACUGGGAGAAGGGCAGGAUAAUGAUGAUUACGAACAAUGUGCAACCAAAUUUUGAAUGAAAUUGUGAUAGUCUACAUCAGUAAAGAGGGACGAGAAUCAGUAAAGCAUCAAUUUUACUCUCUUAUCCAGUUUUUGCUGUCUAAUUUUCAAUUUUUAAUAAUGGCUUACCAAUCAUUUUUGGUGAUUAAAAAUGGCGGCGUAAAGCAGCGCUAAAUUACAGUAAGCAAAUCGAAAUUGCUAUUUCAGCCAAGCGAAUAAAGUGGUUUAGCUUUCGAGUGGUAUUCGAAAUAAAACAAUAAAUUCUAAAGCCAGCUUUAGUAUUUAUUGUUUUUGUUUUCUUUACAAUACAAUAGUUUUUUAACAUAGUUGGAACAUGCAUGAAUUACGUGCGAUUAAUAUAUACAUAUUCAUUAUUGUAAAUAAUAUAAUUGAUGUUAGGACUAAAUGUAGUGACUCGUUGUGUCCGUUACAUCUCAAUUUAAUUAUGCUGAUUUACAGACCAAAUACAAAAUAAUAAUAGUGUUACGCGCUGCGGUUCGGGAUAAAUAAAUUCCUACCGAAUCACAAGUUCGAGUAGUAUCGCUUCGAGUACUUCCGAUUACUAACUGACUACGUGCCAUCCCUGAAACGAUUUUAUAGCCGAUACCACAUCCCUAGAAUUAUCGAGAAUAUUCCACACAUCUCCAGUAUUGUGUUUCCGCUAUCUGACAACAGAUGGCGUUGUACUUCUCGAGCGUUCUAGAUGCUACUAGAUCCUUCGAUAUUCGUUCGACUAUUCGGCGUUACUCUUACCGGCGUAACAAUAGAAAUACAAGAUAUUUUUAACUAACUACUUUUGCUCGUGUUGUCUAAAUAUUCUUAUUGGGUUUCCGGAGAUUCUUUCAGUCACUUAAUUAUUAACUCCGGAAUGAACUACUUAUUUGUGAUUGGCUGUGAUUCUGCAGCGCUUUGACGUGUCAAAUAAGCUUCCUUAAGUCGUUACCAGUAGGCGGUGGCUUGUUUGUGUACUGCCAUAGCCAAUCCGCUUCCCAUCAGGCAUGCUAUAAAUUUGGUUGCCUUCGACAUAAGCAAGUUUAGUGCUUUCAUAAAAUAUUUUGACGUUGAUAGGAGAAUUUAACAAAAACUUGUAUUUCCAAUAGUGAUUGACCGUGUAAGUCACGAGAUAUCUGAAGGACUAAAGGCAUGUGCAAGGAAUUAAAUGUUCGCUUUGUUUCCAUUGCGUCGGGUUGGUUUUAGUCUUGUUGUUGUGAGUUAGGAACGCCUGUUCACGAUUGACUUCCACGGUGAAGGAAUAACAUCGUGCAAUAAAAAUCAAACCCGCAAAAUUAUAAUUUGCAUAAUUACUGGUGGUAGGACCUCUUGUGAGUCCGCACGGGUAGGUACCACCGCCCCGCCUAUUUCUGCCGUGAAGCAGUAAUGCGUUUCGGUUUGAAGGGUGGGGCAGCCAUUGUGACUAUACUGAGACCUUAGAAUUAUAUCUCAAGGUGUGUGGCGUAUUUACGUUGUAGAUGUCUAUGGGCUCCAGUAACCACUUAACACCAGGUGGGAUUUGAGUUCGUCCACACAUCUAAGAAAAAAAAAUACUAUGAAUACAUCGCUGGCUCUAAGUUUUUGUGUAAUGCCUUACUAUCCUAUGCUAUGAUUUGUGCGUUUCUUAAUUGAUAUAGCUAAAUAACACACUAUAUACUAUACUAGCGACCCGCCCUCGCUUCGCUUCGGAAACUGUAAUUUAUUAUUGAUUUCUCCACUAUUUAAUGGAUAGUAUUAUACAUAUAAACGUUUCUGUUCAAUCACUCUAUCUAUUAAAAAAUACCGCAUCAAAAUCCGGUGCGUAGUUUUAAAGAUUUAAGCAUACAUAGGGAUAUAGGGACAGAGAAAGCAACUUUGUUUUAUAUUAUGUAGUAAUAACACAGGUAUUUCUUACUUACCUAUGUAGAGCAUAUAAGGGAAUUAAUUAUAAAUAAACAAUAACAUGAACAGCGUUUGUUUAUUGCUUACUUUGUGUCAGCAUAAUUGAAUCGAUAUUUAACUAUUUCAAGGUCAACGUAACGAGUGCCUAAUUCGAAAAAUACUAAUCAGAAUAUAAUGUAUUAUGAAGAUAAAUCUGUUGUGAAAGACGAUACCUUACGAUAAUAGUCGCAUUAUGAAUAAAUAAUUUUUAAUAUAUGUAUGUAUGUAUGUAGGUGUUUAAUGAGAGCUUUUCGUCGUUUCGUAUUAGACAUGUUCUAUAAGUGACAUUGAAUUAGACAUUUGAUUAAUGGUACAUACAUAAAUGUUCCAUACAUAUGCUUUUCUGGUGGUAGGAACCUAUUGUGAGUCCGCGCGGGUAGGUACCACCGCCCUGCCUAUUUCUGCCGUGAAGCAGUAAUCCGUUUCGGUUUGAAGGGUGGGGCAGCCGUUGUAACUAUACUUGAUACCUUAGAACUUAUAUCUCAAGGUGGGUGGCGCAUUUACGUCGUAGAAGUCUAUGGGCUCCAGUAACCACUUAACAUCAGGUGGGCUGUGAGCUCGUCCAACCAUCUAGCAAUAAAAAAAAAAAGUAGAUAUAUUUAUUUAUGUUCGUCUUAAUUGUCUAUUUGUUGUCUGAAUAGCUCUAUGUAUUUCUCUAUCUCGCUACUACGGCUACUUAAAUAGAAAAGAUGAAAUUUAAUAAAACUUGAAUCGUUCUAACUUUUUUUUGAAGAUAAGUUUGCAUAUAUACAAGUUCCGAACAUCAACAUUCAGGACCGUUGGUCUAAUUAGCAUAAUCGACCAUCCGCUCGGUGGAAGAUCUACUGAAAAAAAAACUAGGAAAAGAAGAAAAAAAAACAUAGCAUUACUGUUUUGUUUUAUUGCAAGUCUCGUAAUAAAUCAUGAUUUCGGCUGACUUCUCAUAUGAUGCCGUGACGUGGCCGUCACCUCCCCGAACAUUGCUUGAUUAAUAAAUGACUGUAUAUAUAAUAAUAAUAAAAACAUUAUUUUGUAUUAAGUUCGAUAUAUGAACUCAUAGACCCCCUCUAAUCCCUAGUGAAGUAGUCACCUAAACAGCCUUAUAGAUCAAAAAGUGUAUUACAGUGCCCAACCAAAGGAUAUUACGGCCGUCUUAACUUACUUAACGGCCGUCUGGUGUAGUGGUAAGUGACAGGGUUACUACACAAGGGGGUCGCGGGUUCGAAUCCCGCCAAGGGAAGAUAUUUGUAUGAUAAAUAUAAAUGUCUUUUCCAGGGUUAUGGAUGUGUAUUAAAUAUAUGUAUGUGUAUAAAAAAAAUCUUACAUUUAUAUCCGAUAUCUGGUACCUGUAACACAAGUUCUUUACGAACUUAUCACGGGACCAGUUAACGUGGCGUGAUUGUUAGUAAAUCCAGCAUCUCGUUUUUACCAUCGCACCGCCCGCCACCGGAGUAGAGUUCAUCCAUACUACCUGGAGCCACUGCGGUCAUCCACAGUGCGUUUCCAGAGAUCUUUUUUGCCACGUACCAUCCGGCUAUGGAAUGAGCUCCCCUCCACGGUGUUUCCCGAGCGCUAUGACAUGUCCUUCUUCAAACGAGGCUUAUGGAGAGUAUUAAGCGGUAGGCAGCGGCUUGGCUCUGCCCCUGGCAUUGCUGAAGUCCAUGGGCGACGGUAACCACUCACCAUCAGGUGGGCCGUAUGCCCGUCUGCCUACAAAGGCAAUAAAAAAAAAAAAAAAUUAUUUAUUUAUUUAUUAGGCGGAAAUCUCAUUAGCUUUGUUAUAUUUGUCAUAAUUAUCAAUAGUACCUACCUACACAUAGUUAUGUAUGAACUGUCAUCAAUCCAAUGAUAAUAUAAUACGAGAUAUAAUGCAGACUUCGACCCAUGUUAUCAAGGUCGAUAGCGGAAUUCACCUUGAGCUUUUACUGGUGGUAGGACCUCUUGUGAGUCCGCAUGGAUACCACCGCCCUGCAUAUUUCUGCGGUCAAGCAGUAAUGCGUUUCGAUUUGAAGGGCGGGGCAGCCGUUGUAACUAUACUGACACCUUAGAACUUAUAUCUCAAGGUGGGUGGCGCACUUACGUUGUAUAUGUCUAUGCGCUCCAGUAACCAUUUAACACCAGGUGGGCUGUGAGCUCGUCCACCCAUCUAAGCGUUACAACAAAAGGCUGUCUGCGGACUCUGGUUUGCCUAUUCAAGGCCAUAAACCUGAAAUAAGGUGUUGUCGCCCACCGUACUCACGUGUGUCAGCUGAUUCCAGUCAACCGGAUCCUUAAAAAUCAUUUGUAUUCAUUUUAAAACUCUAAUGCUGGUAGCGAGAGUUUUUUUUUCUUUCUCACCGUAUCACAGGUGCUUACUGUUAUAUGCGUUUUUAUUUCAGUAUCAUAUCGACGCUUGUAAGGCAAACGCGACUAAGCGACAAUGCGUGAACUUUACAGUAGACUAAUUUAAAGUUGAAAUACCUGAAAAAAAAUCUAUUUUAACGAAUCUAGCUGUAGGAUUGAAAUGAUUUUAAUAGACCUAUAUAAAUAUUUUUUUGUUCCGCAUCGAAUAUGGUUAUUGCCUAUCAUUUAUGUAUAAAGCAGUUAUUGUCGCUUAGUCACGUUUGCCUUUCAAGCGUCGAUAUAGAUUACUACAUUACUAUUUCCCCCGAGUGGAGGAAGAGUUGGAGUCGAGUUAAGGAUUAGCCACGGUUACUUUUCAGCAAUUUUAAAUCACACGUUAAAGUGGAUGGUGGAACAGAUUGUUUCGCUACGAUCUUCGCGGGGAGCGCAUUUCUCAAAUGUCUAUUUGAUUGUAUGCAACAAUGUAUUGCGUAAACUCUGUUCGCUGUUAGUAAACGUAAUAUAGAUAUCUCUGUAUUUAUAUAGUAACUAAAUCGUAAUUAAAAAAAAUAUAAUUAAAGUGACACAAUUAGAAAUUGAAUUGUGUUUAGUAUACUUUGAGUUUUGCACGAGAUGGUCUCGUCAAAUAUUAUAAAAUCCCCCACUAUUUUCAACCGCUAUUUUAAUUCAAAGUGCGUUACAAAAGUUUGUUUUUUUUCAACCGGCUUUUUGUUUACAUAUGUAUUUUUUUUAAUGGAUUUUACGACCUGGUAACUAAGACCUUUAAGUCAUGUCUUAUUUUAAUUUAUAUACAUAUGAAUGAUCCUUCACAUUGUUUCCCGAGUACUGUAACAUGACCUCCUUGAAGCAUAAACACGUUAGGUCUUGUACGAUUUCCCUACGAUUGUAUUAUAAGAUAGUAUUUGUGUUGUGUCAUUUUAAUUCUGAACGUGCGAAAUAUUUGAUGUUACACUGACUACGCUUAUAAUGAACCUGCGUAUUUGAACCUAUAUAGUGCCUCUUGUUCACUUUUAUAUAUAUUGAUAUUAAACACUAAAUAUAGGUGAUAGUGUGUAGUGUUGCUGUAUUAUUGAUGCACUGUUUUUUAGAUAAAAAUUUUUUUAUCUGUAUUUAUUGUUUUUUUUUAAUCGAAAUUCGAAUAUCGUCGCUGUCAAAUCAAAAUCUGCUAUGUGCAAAAACUCUAUUUUGAAUUAACGAGUAAAAAAAUUUUCGUAUAAAAUUUUAUAUGAAGGUGAAUUUUUAAGAACCAUAUCAAAUGAAAGCUAUAGAUAAAUGUUAAAGCUAUAGACACAUAACAUUUUUUUUUAUACGGUAGAUAGGGCUGUGAACUAUACGAAAAGGUCAAAAAGUAAAAAUCUCAAAAAGUGCAUUAAGCAGAUUUUGGUUUGACAACGACGAUAUGACGGUUUUUUAUUACGUUCACUACUUCCGUGAUAUGUGUGAUUGCGGCCACAGAUAUGUAUCCGUGCAAUACCUAAAGAGCAUCGUCGAGAUCAGUAAUAAAGUUUGGCUGAGAUUCAAACGAUUUAAGACCAAAUAAGACCCGCAUUAUACGGUAACUGUGUAUGUUUUUCUGACAUUUUCUCGGGAUAAUUUGUUUGAAAACAGUUUUUGAUGUGACUGUAUCCUGAACAAUGAAAAGAAUCAUAUUCUGACAUCAGUGCAUCUGGAAUCUUCGAGAAUUACGAUGCAAAAAGGUCAAUGUAUUCAAAUUAAGAAUAAAAAUAAAACAUUUAGUGAAAGAUCUCUCGAUUCCAUUUGCAUGACGUCAAUUUGAUACUCCGAAAAUUAAACAAUCGUAAAGAUAAUUCGUGAAAGCGUUUUCAAUCAAACUAUAAUAUUUAUAUUAUAUAAAAUUGUAAACAAAUUCUUCUUAUGUAAAUUUAUUUUUCUAUUUUCAAAUUAUUCGAACGUAAGAAUCUUAUGGAAAUUUAAAACAUUAUCUUCUUUUUACGUAUGUUCUUAUCUAUGUUAUUCAAAUGUACAGAUCAACUUAUGUUGGAUUCGUGUUUGUUAUUCAAAUUCGAUAUUAGAGAUUUCAUAGUGCCAAAUGAAUUGGUCAAGACGGUGACCACAAUAAUAAUAUAAUCUUCCAUGUUCUUAACAUAGCUUCAAAUUUUAACAUUAAUCAAAAUAUCUUUGGAAUUUCUUUGUCUAGAAUAGGAAAGCUAUAAAACUAGAUCAAUUUUAUCUCAGCUUCGUGGUCAUCAACACUUCUGGAUUGUACAAAAGUAAAUCUAAUAUAUUGUUAACCAAGGCUUAAUAUCGUGUGUACUAAAACUGAAGUAAUCCACUGUGUCUUAAAGAAAUCGGCGUAAAAAUUUUGCUGUUAGCGAUUACGUAACUCGGUUGUCGAAAUUCGACUAUAACUAAUUGAAAUUAUAAGUUUGAACAUUAUCAUGGUUCUAUUGUCAAAGACUAUUAUUUUAUUUCCUAUAAUCACAGAUUUCGCCAAGACUAUAUUAUAGACAAAUAAUAUUAAAGACAAACAAUAUUAAUCUAUUCUCAAUUUGACCACAGCCUUUAGGCAAUAACAAAAGUUUGACAAUUAACGAAGAGUAUGUAUGCGCGUGCGUGUGUGUGUCAUAUUUCUUUUGUUGAUUUAAUGUAUUUUUGUUAUGGUUAUGGAACAUUAUUAUGGUUUUAUUGUCACAUUUCUAUAAUCAUCAUUGUUCUAUAAUCACAGAUUUCGCCAAUAUAGACUAUAAUAUUAAAGAUAAAUAUAAUUAAUCUAUUCUCAAUUUGAUCACAUACUUUAACAAUAAACAAAAGAGUAUAUACGCGUUCGUGUGUGUGUGUGUGUGUGUGUGUGUGUGUGUGUGUGUGUGUGUGUGUGUGUGUGUGUGUGUGUGUGUGUGUGUGUGUGUGUGUGUGUGUGUGUCAAGUAACACCAGUAACAAAAAAAAAAACUUGGGUAUGCACUCAUGAAAAAGCAGAAGUAAUCUCAACACUAGGGAAUUUGCUAUAAAGCUUAAGGCACAAUUGAUUGAGUGUAAUUUAAAUUUGUAUCAUUAGCAGAGCGUAUGGGUGAAUUUGGUGUAUGGUGUAUUGUGAACCCGAACUGGAUAGACUAUUGCCUUCCGUAUUGAGUGCCUGUCCUUCGCAGCGGUUAUCUUGUGAGGAGAUUCGCCCCAAUCCCAAAAAAGGCACUUUGCUGCCUAUUUCGGAAGCGAAGUUUUAAUACCUCUUAGUUUUUAAAAUGUUCCAAAGAUAUUUUGAUUUAUGUAAAGCUGGACAAAAUGGCUGGUAGUAAUAUUACAUUCCAUGCCAUGGAACCCUCAAAAUAUUGAAAUGAUGUUGUAUGAAGCUUGAAAAUGUAAAGUUUUUGUGGACGUAUAUUUUUUGUUUCCAACGUUUUUACUUUUAAUUUAACUUAAAAUAUAUAUUAAACACACAAAAGUUUGUUUAUGUUUUUGGACCAGAACAAGAUUUAUAUGUUUGCGUAUUAGUGAUUCGUUCCGUUGAUAAAACUCAAAGAGCAAUUAUGUCUUUAUUUUUCUUUAAUCAUAUCUUAAUGUCUAAUUUAUUGACGUAUAAAGAAAUACUCACCACACAAAAACGACAUGUUUGUUUUAUAAUUGAUGAUUUUUUUGAAGAUAAAUAUUUUGUUAUAUUGUGUUUAUUUAAUAUGGUAUAAUUUAAUCAAGAAACAAUUAAAAGGGUUUGAUACAAAUGGUUUCUGUAGGAAUACUUGAUAUUUUCUUCCUGGAAUAACAUAAAUGGUAUUUUAAAUAUUUUCGAUUGAAUUAUAUGAAACCAAUCGAAGGCGGAUGUUUGACAAUGGAUUAGUUAAUGUGUAAUUUUUUUUAUAACUUUCUUAAACAAAUCAAAUUAAUGAGAUUGCUAAAAAGCUGCUAUCUCUUCUUAUAAAAAGAGUUGUUCGGUCGAUAGCUCACGAUUUUAUGUAUUUUAUAUGAUCUUGUUAAUUGAAAAUAAUCAAUACGGAGAGAAUUAAGAGAAAAUCGGCUUUUAGCAAUUACAGAUUUGAAUGUUGCUUACAGAUCCCAAACUACAUCUUAUUGUAUUGUCUUCAAAUUUUUCAAACAAGAAAACGAGGUUACAAAUUAACGCCGCGAUGCUUAAGUCGAACAAAAGCAAAAAAAAGAAGGAAGUUUAUUCAAGAUUUAAUAAAACCGAACUCAUUUCUCAAGUUAACGUGAAAUAGAACAAUAACACAAAAUUAUUCAUAAAUCUUCAAAUUAAAAACAAAAACCUCGAGUCUUUGGAUAUAUACGCCUUCGAUUCCUAAUGGCCUAAAUGACCGCAUUACGGGCCUAUUUAUUCAUUGUGUUGUUAAUUUAUUGUUGUACCUGUUUUCGAAUAAUCGUUCGGCUAUGAUAGUGCUACUGCGAUAUGAAUGUUCGCGAAAAACUUUGUGUUUCUUUAUAAAAAUAAACGCUUGUAUAUAUAUAUAUAUA